AUGCUAUGCGGGGGUCCCCCAUCCUUGCAACUCCCUUCAUGCCCAUAUAACCAGGCUUCGCAGCAUCGGCGUCGAGUCAUACUCUUUUGCAUUGUUGGAAUUUUGAUCUUCUUCAUGUGCUCCCUAACUGCAUGCUACUUGAUGAAGACAAGAAUCAAACCAAACAGUGGUGCUGAUCAAGAAAUCAAAUUUCACCAUGAGAUGCAUGAGAGGAUAUCCUAUGCUGAGAUAGAUGCAGCAACAGAGUCAUUCUCACCGGCAAAUUUGAUUGGUUCUGGAAGUUUCGGCAACGUGUACAUAGGAACUCUAAAUCUUGAUGAGAGUUUAUAUACUGUAGCAAUCAAGGUUCUCAAUCUUGGCAAACGAGGAGCUAAUAGAAGCUUCUUGAGAGAGUGUGAAGCCCUAAGGAAGAUUCGACACCGGAAACUUGUCAAAGUGAUCACUGUGUGUAGCAGUUUGGACCGUAAUGGUGAUGAGUUUAAGGCACUUGUCUUAGAAUUUGUCUGCAAUGGAAAUUUAGAUGAGUGGCUGCAUCCAAAAGCAGCGACUAACAGCAUGACCUUUAGAAGGCUAAGUUUGAUGGAAAGGCUAUGCAUUGCUCUUGAUGUUGCAGAGGCAUUAGAAUAUCUUCAUCAUCAAAUUGAGCCAUCCAUAGUUCACUGUCACAUCAAACCAUGCAACAUCCUUCUAGAUGAUGACAUUGUUGCGCACAUUACCGACUUUGGUCUAGCAAAGAUAAUGCAUACUGAAGAAUGCGAGCACGGUGGUGGUGGAACCGAAAGCAGUUCACUUGUAAUUAAAGGCACAAUUGGAUACGUCGCACCAGAGUAUGGCUCAGGAUCCGAACCCUCCACGGAAGGCGACGUAUAUAGCUACGGGGUGUUGCUAUUGGAAAUAUUUACUGGAAGGAGGCCAACUGACAAUUUCAUGGAUGGUGUGACAGGCCUUGUCGGCUAUGUCAGGAUGUCCUAUCCUUAUAAGCUACUGGAAAUAUUGGAUGCUAGUGCAACCUACAGCGGAGACACGCAGCAUAUCAUUGAUAUAUUCUUAUAUCCUAUGUUUAAGCUUGCCCUAGCUUGCUGCGAGGAUUGCCCAAGGCACAGAAUGAAGAUAGAUGAUGUAGUCAAGGAAUUGAACAUCAUAAAGAGAGCAUGUGCAGCUCAUAAGGCUGUCCAUGAGUUUCGAGCAACCGCCUAA